GUUCUGUUUGGUUUGGUUCCGUUCAGUUCGAAUUAAGUAUAAUUCGCGCGAGGCUGAGACUUAAUGGAACACGGCAGUCACAUAACAAACUUUCGGAAAAACCACCCACAUGUGAAGUGUACAUAUGUGUAUACACGAAGAAGCGAAGAUAAUUUUCUAGCCGAAGGAUUCAGUUGUGCACAUGAACAAGGCGUUGCGGCAGAGCCCAUAGGUUUCUAUCAGUUUCACCCAGUCAAAAGCUGCCCUCUUUUGGAAAAGACAUCCUGUUUGGAAUGAGCCCCAAAUAAUUCGGAUUUGAGCUCGGCCUUUCGAAAGAUCCUGUAAAGGAACAGAACGAAAUUUUCCUUCAAAAUCUUCCCGUCCGAGUGAUUUGUGUAAUAGUGCUUUGCAUAAAUGUGUUUCGAUAUGUCAAAAAAAAAAGUCAAACGACGCCUAGCUACUGAAAUGUAGCUUUAAGGUCAUUUGGAAGUUGGAUAACGUAAUCCAAGAGACAUCUUGAGGGGAUGGAGUCCAUAAGUGAAAUAAUUGACCACCAGACUUUUAGCCAGGAUCUGGUUGAAGAUGCAACAGAUUUCAUCUCUGUGGGGCACAACUCGGAGCGUCAGUCUCAUCCGCACCACGAACAUCAGGAGGGAGAACCUGAUUCCGGCGAGGACCUGGCGAUUUCCCUGCAAACGAUGACUUCCUGCCCAAGAACGGACGGAUCUAGUGGAGGGAAGAAGCACCGGCCUGGAUCUGGAUCUGGAUCCGGGUUGGUUUCGGGAUCGGGAUCUGAUUCUGUUGUGAUGGUUAUCGACUCAAUGGGCCACAGCAAUAGACAGACAACAUUUCAAAUUGUGUCCCAGCAGAUGCAUCCGAGAAUGCCAUUGCCCUUCGGGUUGCUCCAGCAAAAUAGUCAAAACACGCAGCAAUGCCCGCAGCGCAUAGUGAGUAGCAGCCCAGUGGACUUUGUAGCGUCCGACAUUAGCUUGGAUGGUCUGACAGUAGAUUCGAUGUCCCAAUCGGUUCUCUCCCAAGAGAUGGCGAUAAAGCAGGAGCAGAAGCUACUUAUUGCCCAAUCGAAGAGCGUGGAUCAAGGCCAUAAGCGCAUUCGAAUGCACGUGGAAGUGGCGAAUGUAAAUGCAAGUCUUGGCGUGGACGUGGAUGAAAUGGAUGAUAUUUCCUCCGACGACGUCGGCUGCGACGAUGAGGGGAUAACGCUGAACCAGCAUCAUCAGCAGCUCUUGGAACAGCAGCAGCAAUACGGCCUAACUAGCCACCAUCCGCAUCACCAAGCUCAUUCUCAGGCGCUUCACGGUCUACACCACAGAUCAGCUCAGCUGGAAAUGGGAUUGGAGGCGGAUCAUGGCGAGGUUCUGUCGGUCAUCGUCCACUCGCAGGACAGCGACAAAGAGGUGGACGGCGAAGGAGAUGCCGAUGGAGAGGGAGACGGGGAUCCAGAGGACGACGAUGAUCGGGACUCUCGCAGUCGAGGGCAGAUGCUUAGCCACAGCUCGUAUCAGACGCUGACCUCGGUAAAUGAUCGACUAUCACCGCCUGGGUUCAGUCAGACAUCUUACGCCACCCUGACCCCUAUCCAACCACUCCCGCCUAUAUCGACAAUGUCCGAAAAGUUCGCGUACUCCGGCCACAUCUCUGGAGGAGACAGCGGCGACGCGGAUGUCAAUGGUGGAGAAGGAGUUGGAGGAGUGGUCGACGGUGGAGAGGUUACCAACCAUUCCACCGAUGCUGCUGGGACGGGUUUAAUCAUUAGUGGUAAUCCGGCGUCCUCCUCAUUCCCUGCCCUUACCAUGCCCAUGGGAAGUGGGCACUUAAGUCUGGGCGUGUUGAGCGGUGUACAAUCUCCAUAUUCCUCAUAUGAGAAGCUAUCGUCAAUGAUUUCACCCCCACCCAAUAGCUACUUGGUCUCGUGCGAUCUGCAUGCCUCGGCUUCGGCACGCGUCUCUAACUCAUCUCAACUGCAGCUAAACCACAACGGGCAAAAAAAAGAAUCAGCAAUAGCUCACGAACACCCCCAUGGUCAUGCCGAUGUCAAUGGGGGGAAGUUUCCCUACACCGGCCACAUAUCUGGAGGAGAUAGUGCAGAUACCGAUGUCAAUGGCGAGAAGUUUUCAUACUCUGAUCACAUCUCUGGAGGAGACAGCGGAGACGCAGAUGUCAAUGCAGAAAAAUUCGUUUACUCUGAUCACAUCUCUGGAGCAGAAAGCGUUCCCGGUGUCAACGGAGGAACGAAUUGGCUCCAAAUGCACCCUGAGCAGGAGGUGCGGCUUCAUAUGCCGGCUGACCUGGAGGCUCGGUUCCACAUUCCGCUAGAACGAAGAUCUCGGCUUAACAUGCCGCCUGAGCGGGGACACAUGAAUCGCCACCUCCCUACGGCCACUCCUAUUUGCCCUGCGGACUGGAAGUCAGAUGAUUGGAAGCACGGCAACGGAAGCGUUGUUAGUCUGUCUGCCGAUCUGCCAGUUGUAGUGUCUCUCACUCCAACCCCUCCCCCCGUAACAGACGAUUCAGGGGCCGGACUCAAACUGAAUGAGCGACUGUCCCCAGGGCAAAGAACACCUUUUUUCCUGGACAAAGAUCAAGAAAGCAACACCGUGACGACAGAACAGUGUAGCCCGAACAUCCACGGUACCCCGCACUCAGUGUGUGCCAUCCGCAACCAGCCCCAAUCAGCUCUCCUAAACGGCUUUCAAGGUUCCAGCCAGCAGGCCAAGAUUUCUGUCCCUGCCUCGCCAAAAUCGUCCGUAACCUGUGCGGGCGGAGGAUCGAGCCGCAAUGGACACACCAGCGACAUGGAGGAGAUCAACACGAAAGAUCUGGCUCAGCGCAUCUCGGCAGAACUGAAACGGUACAGCAUUCCACAGGCGAUCUUUGCACAGCGUGUUCUCUGUCGCUCGCAAGGUACUUUGUCCGAUCUACUGCGCAACCCGAAGCCGUGGUCGAAGCUCAAGUCCGGCAGGGAGACAUUUCGAAGGAUGUACAAAUGGCUCCAGGAGCCCGAGUUUCAGCGUAUGUCUGCUCUACGGAUGGCCGCUGCACAAAUUCCUCAGCGAACUUUGGGGCCUGGGCUGGCACUUGGACCAACAACGGGCUCCACAUCCGUCAUACCGACCGAUUUGGAUUCUCAUGCCGGGCCAGCAAUGACACCAAAUGCUCCGCCCAAUGAAUCGGCCUCUUCGUCUGCAUCUACACCUGUCACAAACGUGUCCGUUGCGAACGUCGUUAGUUGUCGUCGAAAGGAAGAGCCUCAGAUCGAGCAAAUGCCUCAGCCAAAAAAACCACGACUGGUCUUUACCGAUCUUCAACGACGAACACUACAAGCUAUUUUCAAAGAGACCAAAAGACCUUCGAAGGAGAUGCAAGUGACGAUCGCGCGGCAGCUGGGACUAGAGCCUACAACAGUAGGCAAUUUCUUUAUGAACGCACGUCGGAGAUCGAUGGAUAAGUGGCGGGACGACGACUCCAAAACCAGCAUGCAUUUAUCGCAUAGCCGCCAACAACAACGGGACGAGCAGGAAGAGGACGAGAGCCACAGUCAAAGUCAGAUUCAAAUUCAGAGCCAUAAUCCGGCUAGCUUAACACAGGAAAACUACUCCAGUCUACAUACAACGGCCAUGUCGCCUCUUGGAGACUUUGACGAAGAAGCUGAUAUGGACUUGGAGCUUGAAAGUCAUGACUUCGAUUUGGUGGACCCAGAUGACCAUGGAGAUACCAAUGAUCCAAACUGCGACAUGUUGUGACGGCAUAUCCGAAGCAGACGCCAAACGUGCAACAAGCCCAAAGCAUUGAGUCCAAAGUCAUUUACAAGGUGUGCCAGCACUCGUCACAUCACCCGCACCAGCACCCGCACCCGCACUUUGUCUCAAACGCACACGGUUCCUUCAAAGAGAGCAAGGGAAGUCGAUAAUAGUCACACUUUGAGAAGCAACGACGCGGAUAAUAUUGGUAGCAAUAGCGAGGGUGGCUGUGAUGCCGACAGGGUUGAGGGCCUGUCGGCCCAUUUGGCCAAAAGCAGGCGGCUAUCAGAUGAGAAGAUUACGAUGAAGCCAAGUUUUCGCCCAGAUGUACACGGGCACGAGACCAAUUUCUUUAUAGAUGAUAUGGGCGUCUCCAAUUGCUUGGAUGACCUAAAGGUAAUGAUAGUCUGCUGAGCACAAAAAAAAGUAAAACAUUUCCGCAUUCUUUAAAAUGUUCACUGCUCACGGAUAGUUAAAUCAAAAAUAGUAAAUUUAUGGAAUUUAAGUUUAGAUUCAUUACAA